AUGUCGCCCGACCCCACCUCUACCACCGAACCGACCUCCUCCACCGGCACGGCCCCACCCGCGCCCCCCUCGGCCUCCACGCUCCCCCCUGAAGCCCUCUCUCUCGCCUCGAAGCUGUUCGACUUCGCCCGCGCCGGCGAUCCAACCUUACUGGAAUACAUCGGCGCCGGCAUCCCGCCAAACCUGACAAACGCGUCCGGCGACACGCUCCUAAUGCUAGCCGCGUACCAUGGGCAUGCGGAUCUCGUUAAAUCGCUCUUGUCCAAAGGCGCCGACCCCAACGCCGUAAAUGGCAAGGGACAGGCGCCGAUCGCCGGGGCCGUGUUUAAGAAACACGACGAGGUGGUCAAAGUUCUAUUCGAGGCGGGCGCAGAUGUGUCUGCGGGUCAUCCGAAUGCACGGGAUUGUGCGGUUAUGUUUAGGCGGGAGGAUCUGGUUGAGCUUUUCAAUUCCAAGUAG